CAGUAGUUUGUAAGUGAAGGCAAUGAACAGAAACCUUUCUCUCUGCAGGAGGCAUCUGCAGGAAUCUAAAGCUGGCAGUUCUUAUGAUUGUGUGUUUCUAACCAAGAGAUGCGUUUGGUUUUUUCCCCUCUGCAGCCAUGAUGGGACCAAGACCAGUAGUUCUCAGUGGCCCAUCGGGUGCAGGAAAGAGCACUUUGUUAAAAAUGCUGCUUAAAGACUACGGCAAUGUCUUCGGCUUCAGUGUCUCUCAUACCACAAGGCAGCCAAGAGUCGGAGAAGUGAAUGGCAAAGAGUACCACUUUGUGACCAGAGAACAAAUGCAGAAAGAAAUUGAUGCUGGCGAAUUCAUUGAGCAUGCAGAGUUCUCUGGAAACAUGUAUGGAACAAGUAAAGCUGCGGUGCAGGCCGUGCAGGCACGGAACCAGAUCUGCGUCCUGGAUAUCGACUUGCAGGGCGUCAAGAACAUUAAGAAAACUGACCUGAAACCGAUCUACAUCUCUGUCCAGGCUCCGUCCACAGAAGUCUUGGAAAAGAGACUGCGUGACAGACAGACAGAGUCCGAAGAGAGUCUCCAGAAGCGGCUGAACGCAGCUCGUGUAGACAUGGAACUUAGUUUUUAUGUGGCCCCCCCAUCAGGGUAGUAUCCGAGUGCCUCAUAAUCUUUAAUGUAUUUAUUCUCACAACACUCAUGUGAGGUAGGGAAGAGAAGCUAUCCCCAUGUGACAGAUGGGAGAACAGAGACAUGGUGAGGUGAAUGACUUGCCCAAGUUGACAGUCUGGUUUUCUGUUUGUUUUUGUUCUGUUUGUACAGCACCUCGCACGAUGGGGGUCCCAGUCCGUAACUAGGGCUCCUAGAUAAAUAAAUUCACACAGGUAGUCUGUGGUGGAACUAGGACUUGAACCCAGGUCUUCCAAGUCAUAGGCUAGUGUUCUACCCACUGGACCUCUUUCCCUUUAGUUGCAUAGAGUUGUUUAAAAGGAAAAUCCUAGGGCUGCCUCAACAAACUUUAUUUCUGCCUUUAAAUUGCUGAUCCUUUCCUUGUUCUAGCCCAUCUUCCACAUCCAUUCCUCUUACCUGGGAGACUCCUGUGUAGUUUUUCAAUAAUUCUGGGGGCCAUAUAGCAGUCAGUAAGAGUAAUGGCCAUUCUCCUGCUCUUCCAAAGUCUUGUGUUUUCAUCCACUCUAUUUCAUACCUCUGGUGAUUGUUUCAUAAUCUGUUGGAUUUAGACCCUUCAGACUUCAUUUAUGUUGGUCUUGGUUUUGUAAUGAAUUCAGCAGCAAAGCAAUGUUCGUAGUCUCAUCCGUAACAUCUUAUGUCUCAUCGUCAGCUUAAUUUUCAGAAUCCUUCUAGGUCUUAUAAGUGACUCUCUCUCUCCAUGCCAUGUGUUUCCUUUUGUUUUGGUUUCAACUAAGUUCCUGUUUAUUUAGGAUCCUCCAUGAAAUUUUGCUUUCUCUGUAGGGAGUGUGUGCAGAAUGUGCUCUCUCUCUCAAAAAUAUAUGCUCUAGCUCAACCAGAAGAUAUGGGCUUGAUGCAGAAAUUACUGAGCUAUUGGGCUAUUAUGCAGGAAGACCGACUGGAUGAUCAUAAUCGGCUCUUCUGGCCUUAAAAUCUAUGAAUCUGUGCUACAUUCAGCUCUUAGCCUGAUGCAGUUUUAAGACUAGACUUUGAUCUAAGUAGAAUGCAGCAUGCUCUCCUAUAAAACUACUAGCUUGACAGUGGAGAUUCAUAGAUACUAAGGUCAGAAGGGACCAUUAUGAUCAUCUAGCCUGACCUCCUGCACAACGCAGGCCA